CCUCUUGUCCCUCCAAGCCUUCAUGUCUAGACAGAAGUUUUCCUUGGGAGCGGCCAUGGGCACUCAAGCCGCUAGUCCUCAAGAGCCGACGGUGCCCCGGCCUCCCCGGAGGAGCCCCAGCUACCUCUCGGAUCUCUAUCAGCACAUGCUACGGGAUGAGGAGGCGCCGGGGAGGGAACGGAGGUGGUGCCAGCCGCUGCGAAGCAGCAAUAGUGUCGGCCUGCUGAACGCUUCGGUCGCUGAGGAGGCGCAGCGGCGACACCCCCAGAGCAACACAGUCACGAGCUGCGAUCCGCACUUGAGACCUAUCAUGCGUCGCCGAGCCAGGUCUUUGCCCAGCUCCCCAGAGAGGAGGAGGAACACCACAAGCCAGUGCCGCCUCCCGGGGUGCAGCACCCGCAGGAACCGGGUCAGGUUUGCCGACGCGCUGGGCUUGGAGCUGGCCGAAGUGAAGGUCUUUCAAGCUGGGGAAGACCCCUCAAUUCCUCUGCACGUCCUCUCCCGCCUGUCCAUCAAUUCUGAUCUCUGCUGCAGCAGGCGGGAACUGGAAUUCACCAUGCAGUGCCUGGUGCCUGACUUCCGGCAGCCCGCCGACUUGGAGGACUUCCCCAGGCGUCUCCGGCAGCAACGGGUGUGCCUGGAGCGAGUCAGCAGCUCGGACUUGGGCCUGAAUGGAACUGUCAGGGUGGUGAACGUUGCCUUUGAGAAGCAGGUAGCCGUGCGCUACACCUUCAACCACUGGAGAGGCCAGCACGAAGUGAGCGCCCGGUGGCACAGCAGCAUCCCUGGGAAGGCUGGGCAGGACCAAGAGGACGUCUUCACCUUCUUCCUUCCGGUACCCCCUUUCCUUCUCCAGGUUAGCUCGGUGGUUGAGUUUGUGGUCCGAUACCAAGUUGAUGGUCAGGAGUACUGGGACAACAACCAAGGCGAGAACUACGGCCUCACGUGUCGGAGUCAUCCUCUGAAGAUGCCUAGGGAAUGCGAGGAGAGCUGGAUCCACUUCAUCUAAUGCUGCUAGGCCCUGUCUGCCUUGGGCAUUUCUUUCCUUCCCGAAGCACCAAAGAAACCUUUUAAAAUAGAUCUGCACAAAAGUUAUUCGGAUU